AUUGAUAAUAUGAGCGAGGAUUUUCAUUAAGAACAAGAUGGAGGACCAGACAGGAAGUGGGGAGGGGGAGAGGGAGGGGUCGACAGCUCCAAAAGAGAACCAGCCAAUCAAAGCUAGCAGUGCCAGUACUACCAGUAUCGCCUCCACAUACUUCAACAACAAGAUUCCCAUCCCAGAGGAUGUACAGCAUCCUGUUUUCAGCCUUAGGAAGUUAUGGGCUUUUACAGGCCCCGGAUUCCUGAUGAGCAUAGCCUAUCUGGAUCCAGGGAACAUUGAAUCCGACCUCCGGUCUGGAUCCGUGGCAAAGUUCAAGCUUCUGUGGGUACUAAUGUCGGCUACGUUCCUUGGUCUCCUGAUGCAGCGUCUGUCCGCACGUCUGGGGGUGGUGACAGGGAUGCACCUGGCCGAGGUGUGCUACAGGAGUUAUCCCAGAAUUCCACGCAUUGUCCUCUGGAUAAUGGUGGAAAUCGCCAUUAUUGGGUCAGAUAUGCAGGAAGUGAUUGGAACAGCCAUAGCCUUUUACAUCCUGUCUGAUGGAAAAAUUCCAUUAUAUGCUGGUGUACUGAUUACAAUAGCCGACACGUUCACUUUCCUUCUCCUGGACAAAUACGGACUUCGGAAACUUGAGGCAUUCUUUGCCUUCCUCAUUCUUAUUAUGGUGGUUACUUUUGGAUAUGAGUACAUAAUUGUGAGUCCAGAUCAGCCGUCCUUGCUCCGCGGGAUGUUUGUCCCGUACUGUGAGGGGUGCGGUCCCGAGCAGAUACUUCAGGCCGUGGCCAUUAUUGGUGCUAUCAUCAUGCCCCACAACAUCUAUCUACACUCAGCUCUAGUCAAGUCUCGUGAUAUUGAUCGAACAAAGAAAGACCAAGUGCAGGAGGCGAACAAGUAUUUCUUUGUGGAGGCGGCCAUUGCUCUGUUUGUGUCCUUCCUCAUCAACGUCUUUGUCACCGCCGUGUUUGCUGAAGGAUUUUACGGAAGAAACGUCACACAAGUGUAUGACAGCUGUUUGCAAAGUGGAAGUCCCCAUGCUUCAGUUUUCAAUACAACAAAAUUGGAAGUUGAUAUAUUUAGAGGGGGUGUGUUUCUGGGAUGUCAGUUCGGGCUUGCUGCCAUGUACAUCUGGGCCGUUGGUAUUCUGGCAGCGGGUCAAAGUUCAACUAUGACUGGUACCUACACUGGACAGUUUGUGAUGGAGGGUUUCUUGAAUCUCAAAUGGAAGCGCUGGGUGCGAGUUCUGUUCACACGAAGCAUCGCUAUAUUCCCUACCAUUUUAGUGGCCACGUUCUCUGGAAUACAGGACCUGACCGUGAUGAACGACAUGCUGAAUGUGUUGAUGAGUCUACAGCUGCCGUUCGCUCUCAUCCCCAUACUCACAUUCACAAGCUCGGAAGCCAUUAUGGGGGAUUUUAAGAAUGGAAGGUUAAUGACAAUAUUCACGAGCCUGCUAGCUGUGGUAGUGAUAGGAAUUAACCUGUUCUUUAUAUCAGUGUAUGUCCAUAGCCUCCCCAAUCACUGGGCCAUGUACUUACUGGUGUCUGUCCUAGUCCUGAUGUACAUCAUUUUUGUUAUAUAUUUGGUUUGGUUUUGCUUAGUAAGCAAUGGAUUCCAUUUCUUUGAAAGAAUGCCAUGUCUUUCUUGCCUAAAACCCAGGGAAACCCCUUAUGUCCUGUCAGAGAGUAUCUCUGGAACCAGCCUUGAUUUCCAGGCAGACGCAACAGACUUUGGGUCGACGUCAGAGACGAGACCAGUCAGCGAAGAACAGGAGGAAUUUUAACAACUCACCCCGUGUAAUUGCAAUUAGGAGCUUUAUGAAUUAUUCGCUAGCUUUUUGUCCAUAAGCCAUCGGAGAUGAAAAAACUGUGUCUUCCAUAUCAAAUCUAUACCUCACACCAAUAAGAGAGUUAUGGUAAGGCGGUCCAAAGUUAAUUCUAUGUUUAACUUAAUCAGAGAGCAUAGGGUGUUGUUUUUUAUAAGUUAACAAACCCCUAUUUUGAUUUGAGUUUUUCUAGUUUGAUUUUACUCAAAUGCUGCAAUCUGUAGAAAUUUGAAUUUUUUUAGAGCACAUUAUGGACUAUAUAUCAGAUAUUCAAUGGGAUUGUAAGUAAAGAUAAUUAGUGAAGAGGUAGCCUCCAUGUAGCUUGAAUGCUCAAUAUAUUUUAGUUUAAUGAUGUAAAUGAAUAAAAAUCAUUUGUUCUAAAAAUUUGUUUGUUGCCCUCCAUCAUAGGUUUGGUAUUUUGAAGUGACGUUAAACAUAGAAUUAACUUUGUGCAGCCUAAGUGCUGUUAAAUGUUAUUUUUGUAGACGCAUGAAAUAUUUUUUUUUUACCACGAAGGUCAUUUUUUGUUAAUCAAGAUUUAUGUGUGAAACAGGUGCUUUUACUGCCAAAAACAGUUCAGGUUUUUUUUUCAUCUCUUUUUGUUUUCUUUGAAAUGAUUCAACUUUUCUUCAAAUUUACAUAUUAAAGAUAUCCUCUGCGAUUAAGAAUUUGAAAAUACCAAAGAAACUCUUACAUAUUACAGUUAAAUAACAGCUUUACUUUUAAACAUUUUUAUGAAUUGUUAAAUGAAAGUUUUGGAAACAAAAAAGUUGCCGAUUUUUUUUUCUAAUUGAAUAAAAUCAGAUACAUGUAUAGUGUAUAUCCUUUUCUACGUGAGUGAUAAUUAUACUCAAAUGUUUGAGAAUGGAAAAAACAUAUUUUCAUGACAAGUACAUUUAAACCUAUUCACUUUGAUUUGUAAAAUGUUUUCAAUAUAAAAUUAAUGAUAUGUUUCAAUAUAGAUCAAAGAUAUUUUUUUCUAAUGAAGCAUUGGGCCAGACAUUCCAUAAAAUGUGAUAUAAUAUUGUAGUUUUUAGUCAGUGUUGUUUUAACAAAGUCUGUAGGCUUAUUCUGUGAUGGAACAGAGUAGCACUUUAUUAAAGUACCGCUAUGUAAUAUGCCGAUAUUAGAAAGUUGAAUCUCAAAUAUAUUUUAAUUAUUAGAGAUAAUUAUUUAUUCUUAUUAAUAUAUAUACUUUAAUUGUGGCAUAUACUCAAUAUUUAAAAGUAGUUACAUUAACUAAUAAAUUUUCCUUGUCAAUAUCGUCAAUGGAUGAAUCGGAGAUCUGUAGAUUUACAAUGUACAUGUAAUUGGUGCUUGGUAUAUCCUUAGAGGGUUAAGUUUUGAUUCAUUUGAAGUUUUAGAAACCUGAACAUGUGAUAUAUAAAUCAUGUUUUUCCUAAAUACAUAAGGGUGUUUAUCAUAGUUAAUAAGUUCUUAAACAUAAAUGUGUAACAUAGAAAUACUACAUGAUUGUAUAAACCAACUUUUAUGCGCUUUUACAAUGUAUUUGCAAGCUUUUCCAGAAUAUAUAUAUCAUCACAAUAUUUCUCACUGCCAAGUUGACUUAUAUAUACACAGUAUGUCAUAUUUUGUUAGAGGGAAUGAAAUAUUUUGAAUCAGCACAUAAUUAUUCUAAAUAUCUGUCAUAUUGGCAAGCAACAUCUGCUAGCUUUAGUUUUGGAUACCAGUGUCCAUUUCUUUUAUAAAAUGAUUAUUUAAACGAUGAAUAUUACUUUUAGAGAAAACAAAUCUUCCAUUCACAAUUUGAAGAAAAAGAAGAAGAAUGCAUAUAUAUAGAACUCAUUUUACUCUCGGCUCCAUUGCAAGAAUAAUUCAAAGCUAAUUAAUUUCAUCGCUAGUACAUAUUGUACACGUAUGUAGUAAAAUAAUGUUGCUGCGAAUAUUAUUUGGUUUAUAUAUGUAGUACUGUUCAAUUUUGUUUGUAACAGUCACUGUAAGUUUUAAAAUCUUUAUCUUGUGCAUUAAAAUGUCUCUCGUUAAGAUGUGUAUAUUUAUACCAAAAAAAAUAUUCUGUUAAUCUCUUUAACUGUUACUGGGUUACCGAUAUGAGAUUUGAUUUUGAUAUGAAACAGCAACAUUUUAUAUGAUUGAGAAAAAGUCCAGAACAUCUCAAUAUACAUUUAGAUCUGAUAUAUAUUAAUAUGCAUUGAAUGAGGUGCAAUAUUUAGUUUACUCCAUUAACAGUGUUGGUGAAGUCUUUCAUGAUUUAUUUUUUUAAAGAUAUCGACUUUUUUGUUAUUUGUAUAUUCAUAUGUUACUUGCAUGUAUUUCAUAGACAGUUAAUAAUAUUUCUGCCUGUGUUUGAUCAAAACAACUUCCGUGUAUAUGUUUAGUUUUUUCCCCAAUUUUGUAAUAAUACCAUAUAUCCAACCUUUUUUGGAGAUGAAUAAUGCUUCGCUAUUAUCCUGGUAAUUUUGAAAUUGCAACUUGCAGAAAUUUUGUUGGCUAUAGUUAAAAAUUACAACAAAAAUCUCUAGAAUUGCAAGAAAAUGACUUACCGAUUUAAAGAGUUUUGAUGGAUAAUUUAUUUUUAUAAAAUUGAAAAAGAUUAAUAAAUGGUAUUUUUUUUCCAAUAUGAAUAUCUUAUUUAGUUUAAAUGAAAGAUGAACCUAUCAGAGAUUAUUUACACACAGAAAAGUUUGUUUAAUAUCUCAAGCUACGAUGUUUCCCAAAAACUUAUUGGAAAACUGAAAAUUAUUUAUUAUAUAGAAGAAAAUGAGUAAUUGUCAUUUUUUUGGAUUGUUUCAAAUGCAUGUACAUGGCUAUAGAUUUAGAAUGUAUCUUGCAUGUCUAACAACUCAUUUUGAAACCGCAAAACGAUCUUACAUUGCCAAAAAACUUUUAAUCAAGUCCAUUCAAGAAUGUUCAAUUCAAUUUGAAUCAUUUGUAGUUCAGUUUUGUUUACAGGAGUGUAUAUGCAGUUGCUUUGUUAUGAUAAUCAGAAAGUGCUUAUUCUGUUUUUUUCUUUGUUGAUGAUUUUAUUAAAAAUUGCGGGCAUUUUA